UAUUUUGGGAAGUACCAUUAUAACAUAUGAUCAAAUUCAGAUUAUGUUUAUUUUAAGUAAACAGAAUUAGUAAUAUACGACUUUCUAGUGUUUUGGGUGAUUUUCUAAACGCUCUGCUGUCAACCAGGGGAGAGUUUUAGUUGGCCAACAGCAUGGGUCUGAAGAGACAGGGCGUGUUUGUAGUGUUUGUAUACAGUAAGUGACACUUGACGGUUUAGUAAGCAGCAGUAAGCUUAUAAUUAUCAGUGGAAUUACUGCUUUUCUUCCUCAGUAUGUCUCGGGUGCUUAUAGUCGGAGCUGGACUGACAGGCGGUGUGUGUGCGAGUUUACUGCACCGGGAAAUGGCAAACCGGGUUCAGAUAGUGGUGUGGGACAAGGCGAGGGGAGCAGGGGGAAGAAUGUCUACAAGCAGAAGUCCAAGCAAUCCGUUGUGCACAGCGGACCUCGGUGCUCAGUACAUCACUGCCACACCAUAUUAUUCCAAAAUUCACAAAAGAUUUUAUCAAGAACUCCUAAAGCAUGGUAUUUUCAAACCACUUGAGGCCACAGUGGAGGGCAUGGCGACAAUGGAGGAAGGCACUGUAAACUAUGUGACCCCAUCUGGGACAUCAUCCAUUGUUAAACACUAUCUCAAAGAGUCAGGAGCAGAGGUGCUCUUCGGUCAUCAAAUCACCCACGUUUACCGCAGAGGGCCAUGCUGGGAGGUGCACCGGAAAGAGGGUUCACCAGAGCAGUUUGAUGUGGUGGUUUUAACUAUGCCCAUCCCACAGAUACUACAAUUACAAGGAGACAUUGGCUCUUUGCUGAGUGAGAGUGAGAGGCAGAAACUAGAGGAUGUCAGCUAUUCCUCUCGCUACGCCUUGGGGCUUUUCUACAAAGCCGGCGUGCAGAUCAGCGUCCCCUGGGUGGCCAAGUAUGUCUCCAAUAAUCCCUGCAUUCGCUACAUCGCUACAGAUGAUAAAAAGCACAAUUUAGAGAUUGGCCCCUCUGUGGUGGUGCACACCAGCGUGCCUUUUGGCAUGGAGCACUUGGAGGAGGCAAUAGAGGAUGUUCAGGCCAUAAUCCUGCAAGAGCUGCAGAAGGUGAUGCCAGGCCUUCCUGAACCUGAGACCAUCAAGUGCCAGAAAUGGAGAUACUCUCAGGUGACAAGAUCAGUGGCUGGCUGCCCGGGGCAGAUGACACUGCUCGCCAAGCCUCUGCUGGUGUGCGGGGGCGACGGCUUCACACACUCCAAUUUCGACGGCUGCGUCGAGUCAGCCCUGAAGCUCUUCGAGGUUCUGAAGUCCUCUCUCUAAAGCGGGCAUUGGGAGGGAAUGCUGUAUUUUUGGGGGCCGGGGAACUGGAACGGGUUUACCAGUGAUGAUUCAGACGCAGCACCUCCUACGCAUGUACUGUAUGAAGAACAGUGAUACUGUUGGGCAGAAAAACCAAUUACGUUGUUGCCUGAGAUUCAGAGAAUUAGAAGAAAACUGAAUAAACUGUGAAGUAUUGGUAGCAAAAAUACUCCUUAUAUUGAUUUUAUAUAAUGGUAAUGUUGGGCACAAACAGGCCUUCACACAUUUUCUAACAUGUAAACUGUAAAUGUUGAAUGAUCUUGUCUUCCUGUUGCCGUUUGUGGGUUUGAGAUGUAAGAAAACAAUAAAAAAAAAUCCUUAACACCUGA